UUAUAAUGGCCAGUAUGGAACUUGGUGGCGGUGUGCAGAAUCCUUCUUUCGUGGGAGACAAUGGGGCUUCUCAAGAAUCGACCCAGGUUGGACAAGGUCAAGGCGGCAGGUCAGUCGAGGGCGGAUCCCAUCCAGAGGCGACUCCGCGGCGCGGGCUGACGAAGGAGGAGAAGCAGACGAAGCUGGCCAUUACGAAAAAUCUCCUCCUUAUUUCCCUGGCUUUCACCUUCCAGUUCACAAGUUACAACUCGAAUAUCAAUUUGCAGUCCUCUCUCAAUAAAACCCACGGCACGGCAGGAAUGACCGCCCUGUACAUCGGCAUGAUCCUCUCCUGCAGUUUCCUCCCUUCUCUCGCCAUCAAUAAACUCAAAGAGAAACACACCAUCGUCCUCUGCAUGCUGUGUUUCCUCCCUUAUAUGGCGGUGCAAGUGUAUCCUGAGGUGUAUCUUCUGGUUCCCUCGGCUUUCCUGUUGGGUCUGGCUGCUGGCCCGCUGUGGUCGGCCAAGUGUACCUAUCUCACGAAGGGCGGCACCAAAUACGCAGACAUACUGAAGGAAGAGAGUAAACUGACCAUAAACCGCUUCUUCGGCAUCUUCUUCCUGUUCUUCCAGUCGACGCAGGUGUGGGGGAACGUCAUCUCGUCUACAGUGUUGUCAGUGGGGAUCGAAGAGGAACACAAAACAGCUGAAGACCUCAUUGCGUGCGGAUACCACUUCUGCCCCUGGGAUAAACACGCCGAUACCACCAAUACCAACACCUCUGCUGGUACCAAGGAAGGGAUUCCGCAAUGGCAGCGUUACACAAUGUCCGGAAUUUAUCUCGGAUUUGUCGUUCUGUCGGCGCUUAUCGUCCUUGUAUUCGUUGAUCCGCUCGAAAGUUUCGACAAAGGCCAGAGAGUGGAGGUGAACAACAAACAGCUGAUCGUCAACACAUUCAACCACGUGCGUCACCCAUAUCAGCUGUUGAUUAUCCCCUUGACAAUCUGGUCUGGAGUCGAGCAGGAAUUCCUCUCUGCAGACUACACUGCUGCCUACGUCUCAUGCGGUCUCGGCGUGCACAUGGUGGGCGGAACCAUCAUAUGCUACGGGAUAUGCGACAUGUUGUGUAGUUGGGGCUUCACUCCCCUCGUCCGAAAGCUCGGUCGCGUCCCCGUCUUCAGCUUCGGCGCCGCGGUUAACCUGGGCGUCAUCAUCACCCUGAGGUUCUGGACGCCGAGACCCGAUGACCUCGUGUUGUUCUUCAGUUACCCGAUGGAGAGCUGUGCAAGCAUGGCGCCCCGAGGUCUACGCUGUGCAAUGACAACUCUGUCAAAACUCCGAUAA